GAUGACUUUUGUCUUGUAAUGUGAGGCAUUUCUCAAGAUAACGGCUUAACCUUGACGGAAAAUGACAGAAAUGAAUUCUGUUAAGCUCAUCUUUAUCUGUUUCAUGCUGCUUCACGGUUUUGCAGCAGCAUUGAACUGUACCAGCCCUACACCUGAAUCCUUGUUUGGUGAACUUGAGAAGGAUCUAUUCCCUAAAAAACUACUGCGACCUGUUAAUAGUUUUUCAAGUCCACUUAACAUAACCAUUAGUAUCACUGUGGUGGGAAUAAUAGGAGUGGAGGAACAAUUCCAAACACUGACAACACUCAUAUGGCAAGUUCUGGAGUGGAAUAUAGAGGGACUGAGCUGGGAUGACAAGGAAUGUGGAACCUCAAGAGUCUCUGUCCCACGAGAGAAGCUUUGGAUCCCAGACAUCCACAUUACAGAGUUCAUGACUGAGGACAAAUCUCACAAAACUCCCUAUGUCUACAUCAACAACACAGGUCAUGUAUUUGAUGAUAAACCGAUCGCAGUGAUCAGCUCCUGCAUAUUGAAUAUCUACUAUUUCCCCUUUGAUAUCCAAAACUGCUCACUGACCUUUGGAUCCUAUCUACACUUUAAUACAGACAUCAGGAUGGUUCAAGGCUCUUCAUCUGAAGAGAUCCUGGAGGAGUCCCUAAAGGUUUCGAAGACCAACGGGGAGUGGGCGCUCAUAGGGGUCCAUGUAAAUCCUGACGCCCAACUGGUGUUAAAUGAGGGAAGCUACUCAGAGAUCAAAUACUAUAUCAUUUUGAGACGUCGGCCAAUCCUCUAUGUGGUGAACCUGCUGAUCCCCAGCUGCUUCCUCAUCACAGUGGACCUCUUCAGCUUCCUGCUGCCCCCCCACAGUGUGGACAGAUCCUCCUUCAAGAUGACCCUCAUCCUGGGAUACACCGUCUUCCUGCUCAUCAUGAACGACCUGCUGCCAACCACUGGCGAGACUACGCCUCUCAUCAAUGUUUUCUUCUCCCUCAGUCUCGCUCUAAUGGUGGCCAGCCUGUUGGAGACGGUGUUGAUCACUUAUGUGCAUUUCAGCUCGAGUCAGUACAGUGCGGUCCCUCACUGGCUCAGUGUCAUCGUGCUGCGAUAUCUAGCUGUCGGUGUCUGUCUCCCUCCAAAGAAAAAGAGCAACAGAGUCACUGUCGUCCUCUCUCCUGCUAAAGAAAAAGAAAAGGAUUUCAGCUUCAACAACAUCUCAGCAAUUCAUCUUCAGCGUACCCCUGGUGAAACAUCUCCAGAAAAACAGCCUGUGGAGCCGGCCCUGGAAGAACUGAGGAAGCUGAGCAGAGAUCUCUUGGCCGUCCGCUUCCAGAUGGACAAACACUUCCAGGGGAGCACCUCCUCUCAGGAAUGGCAAAUGAUCGGGAUAGUCAUCGACCGUCUGCUGUUCGGCUUGUACCUCGUCUUCAUCAUUGUCAGCUUCAUCACUAUUAUAUGUAUCUGGAGCAGGAGCAGCUAUACAGUAUGAUUAACAUAGUGCAGGGGUGCCCAACCAGUCGAUCGCGAUCGACCGGUCGAUCGC